AUGGCUCUCCUCCUCCUCUUUCUCUUGCUCGGCCGCCUCGUUGCCUCCGCCGGCGCCGGCGAAUCGACUCCGGCCACCGCACUCUUCGUCCUCGGAGACUCCACCGCUAGCUGCGCCGCCACCACGCUGCCCGUCAACCUCACCCUCUCCUCCACUUUCUCAAGCCGGUGCCUCUUCCACUCCGGCAGCCGCCGCCUCCUCCCCGACCUCCUCGCCGCCAAGAUGGACCUACCGCCCCCGCCGCUCAUCUCCGCCCUCAACGGCACCGCCGCGGCGGCCGCGAAAGGCGUCAACUUCGGCGGCGAGGAGGGCGAGAGCGGCGGCAGCGGGGUGUUCCGCAUGGCCGCCAUCGGGCAGCAGCUGCGGCUGGCCGCCGAGACGCUGCAGCUGCUGCGGCUCGAGGCCGCCGCGCCGAGCGAAGGGUCCGACGCCGUGUCCGGCGCCGUCUUCGUGGUGUCCUUCGGCACCGACGCGUACGCGCGGCUGCUGGCGCGCGGGUCCGAGGCAGACGCGUCGGCGCCCAAGCACGGCCGCCGCGGCUUCGGGCGCCUCCUGGCCGGCCGCGUGGCGCGCGCCGUGCAGGAGCUGUACGAGGCCGGCGUGCGGAGGGUGGCGGUGCUGGGGGUCCCGCCGCUCGGGUGCGCGCCAAGGGUGAUGUGGGAGGGGCUGCACCUCGUCGACGGCAGAGGGUGCGUGGAGGAGGCCAACGAGCUCGUCCAGGGGUAUAAUGAGAGGGUCGAGGCGCGGCUGGACGCGCUCCGGCCGCAGCUGCCCGGCGCCGACGUCGUCUUCUGCGACGUCUACAAGGGGGUCAUGGAGAUGAUCACCAAUCCUGGCACCUACGGGUUUGAGGAGGCGAGGGACGCAUGUUGCGGGCUAGGCCCGUUUGGUGGCACGAUCGGGUGCCUGACGAGGGAGAUGGCAUGCUCCACCCCGCAGAGACAUGUGUGGUGGGACCUGUAUAGCCCGACCGAGGCUGUCAACUCAUUGCUCGCAACCUGGGCAUGGUCGGAGCCGCAGCCAGAUUCCAACACCAGCGUUUGCCGCCCGGUCACCCUCCAACAGCUCGCUGGCCAACCAUAG